AUGUCCACUUCAAAUGCAAAUUCCGUUCCAACAUUACAAGUAGUCCAGGGAUGGGACCGUGCAGAUGUGGUAAAUUUUCUAAAAGCAAGACAAAAUGAACUAGAACUUGAAGAUGGAGAAACUGAGAGAUUUAAUACUCGGGGAAUGAAUGGUUUAGCUUUUCUCGAAUUAAAUGUAAAAACACUUACUCGCAAACGCGGCGCGUUUGAAAUACCAUACGGAGUGUUGAUCAAAGAUAAAUUGCAAUCUCUUAAAGACUUUUCAGAAGAAUUAAUCCGCCUUCGCAAAGGAAAUGCAGAAGAUGAGGCAUUAGUGAUUAUUAUAAUCGGGGAAAAGAUGAUGAGAGCUUGUACGGAGAGGAAGGAGAAGAAAGUGCGAGUAAUAUUGAACCAAAUCGUAUUGAAGGAGCAUUUCAAGUCGAAUACCAAGGCACAACCUUGGAAACUUUCUAUUCGCGACUAA